AUGGAUUCUCAAAAUGGCAAGCUUGGAACCUCUAUAGUGGUGCCUUCUGUCCAGGAACUAGCUAAGCAAACAUUGACGAAAGUUCCAGAACGAUAUGUUCGACCAAACCAAGACCCUCCUAUUGUUUCUAACACAAUCCCUUUACCACAAGUCCCAGUCAUCGAUCUGAACAAAUUGCUGUUUGAAGAUGGAACUGAGCUAGAGAAGCUAGACCAUGCAUGCAAAGAAUGGGGUUUCUUUCAGCUGAUAAAUCAUGGGGUCGACCCUUCAUUAGUUGUAAAUGUGAGGAUCGGUGUUCAAAAGUUCUUCGGUCUUACAAAGGAAGAGAAGAAGAAAAUAUGGCAAAAACCAGGAGAUUUGGAGGGGUUUGGUCAGAAUUUUGUUGUAUCCGAGGAACAAAAGCUAGAAUGGGCAGAUCUAUUCUACAUGACCACUCUUCCAUCAUACACAAGGACUCCCCACUUAUUUGCUAAUAUUCCCCAACCAUUCAGAAAUGAUAUAGAGAGCUAUUGUUUAGAACUGGAAAAACUUUGCAUCUCAAUCAUUGAACUUAUGGGAAAAGCUCUUAAGAUUGAACCUAAUGAAUUGCUAGAGUUAUUUGAAGAUGUAAGUCAGUCAAUGAGGAUGAAUUACUACCCUCCAUGUCCUCAACCAGAACAUGUCAUUGGCCUCAAUCCUCAUUCUGAUGCUGGUGCUCUUACCAUCCUCUUGCAAGCCAAUGAAAUUGAAGGUCUCCAAAUAAGGAAAGAUGGAAUGUGGAUUCCCAUUAAACCCCUCUCUAAUGCUUUUAUCAUCAAUGUUGGAGAUAUUUUGGAGAUUCUUACAAAUGGGAUUUACCGGAGCAUCGAGCAUCGAGCAACUAUCAACUCAGACAAGGAGAGGAUUUCCAUUGCCACAUUUCACAGGCCUCAAAUGAACAGAGUCAUAGGUCCAACCGCAAGCCUUAUUACUCCUGAAAGACCUGCAUUGUUCAAAAGAAUUGGUGUAGCUGAUUACUACAAAGGAUACUUUUCACGCGAGCUACAAGGGAAAUCUUACAUUGAUGUCGUUAGGAUAAAAAACGUUUAG